CAGCGCGAGUGUAUCUCUAUCCACGUGGGGCAGGCAGGUGUCCAGAUCGGCAAUGCCUGCUGGGAACUGUACUGCCUUGAACAUGGAAUUCAGCCCGAUGGUCAGAUGCCAAGUGACAAAACCAUUGGCGGCGGGGAUGACUCGUUCAACACAUUCUUCAGCGAAACCGGGGCUGGCAAGCACGUGCCCAGAGCAGUGUUUGUGGACCUGGAGCCCACCGUGGUUGAUGAAGUGCGCACGGGGACCUACAGGCAGCUCUUCCACCCAGAGCAGCUGAUCACUGGGAAGGAAGAUGCCGCCAAUAAUUAUGCCAGAGGCCAUUACACCAUUGGCAAGGAGAUCGUGGACCUGGUCCUGGACCGGAUCCGUAAACUGGCGGAUCUGUGCACAGGACUGCAGGGCUUCCUCAUCUUCCACAGCUUCGGGGGCGGCACGGGCUCCGGGUUCGCUUCUCUGCUCAUGGAGCGGCUGUCAGUGGACUAUGGCAAGAAGUCCAAACUGGAAUUUGCCAUCUACCCAGCUCCGCAGGUUUCCACAGCUGUGGUAGAGCCCUACAACUCCAUCCUGACCACCCACACGACCCUCGAGCACUCCGACUGUGCCUUCAUGGUGGACAAUGAAGCCAUCUAUGACAUCUGUCGGCGCAACCUGGACAUCGAGCGGCCCACGUACACCAACCUCAAUCGUCUCAUUGGGCAGAUCGUGUCCUCCAUCACGGCCUCCCUGCGGUUCGAUGGGGCCCUGAACGUGGAUCUGACGGAAUUCCAGACCAACCUGGUGCCUUAUCCCCGCAUCCACUUCCCCCUGGCCACUUAUGCCCCAGUCAUCUCGGCGGAGAAAGCCUAUCACGAGCAGCUCUCAGUGGCCGAGAUCACCAAUGCCUGCUUUGAGCCGGCCAACCAGAUGGUGAAGUGUGACCCUCGCCAUGGCAAGUACAUGGCCUGCUGCAUGUUGUACAGGGGGGACGUGGUCCCAAAAGAUGUCAAUGCGGCCAUCGCCACCAUCAAGACCAAGCGCACCAUCCAGUUUGUGGAUUGGUGCCCCACUGGGUUUAAGGUGGGCAUUAACUACCAGCCCCCCACAGUGGUGCCUGGAGGAGACCUGGCCAAGGUGCAGCGGGCUGUGUGCAUGCUGAGCAACACCACUGCCAUCGCGGAGGCCUGGGCCCGCCUGGACCAUAAGUUCGACCUCAUGUAUGCCAAGCGGGCCUUUGUGCACUGGUAUGUGGGAGAAGGCAUGGAGGAAGGGGAAUUCUCAGAGGCCCGAGAGGACCUGGCAGCGCUGGAGAAGGAUUAUGAAGAGGUGGGCGUGGAUUCUGUGGAAGCAGAGGCUGAAGAAGGGGAAGAAUACUGACUGGGAGGGUAUGACUGGCAACAACUCUCCCUUUCACUCUCUCUCCUGGGCACGCACACUGUAAC